CUUGGAAGCAGAGACAGACAAGUCCAGCUCUUUCAACUUCAAUCCGAAGAAUAUAUAUACACACACACACACACAUACAUACAUACAUACAUACAUAAUAAAAAAUUUCUCAGCUGAAAAUAUAAUCUUUUUCAAUUCUGUUGCUUUUGCUCAACUGGGUUCUUUGAGUUUUGAAUUGGGUAUGAAUCAAAACCGGAGCUUAAGCAUGUAAUUCGGGUUAUCUGGUAGGGGAUUUUUAUAUAUAAUUAUAUAUAGAUAGAGAGAUAUCUUGCAGUUUAUUCGGUUUCCGAGAUUUAGGUUUUUUGAAGCUAUGCAUCUGAGCAACGGCAUGGGCUCGAUGUCAACGGCUAGUUCGAGUGGAGCUUGGAAAUCGGGGGAUGUGGUCACUGACCAGUUUCCUGCGGGACUAAGAGUCCUUGUGGUCGACGAUGAUCCUACUUGCCUUAUGAUCUUGGAGAGGAUGCUCAGAACUUGCCUCUAUGAAGUGACAAAAUGUAAUCGUGCGGAGAUCGCACUUUCGUUGCUUCGAGAGAACAAGAACGGAUUCGAUAUUGUUAUCAGUGAUGUGCACAUGCCAGACAUGGAUGGAUUCAAACUCCUAGAGCAAGUUGGACUGGAGAUGGACCUGCCUGUUAUCAUGAUGUCUGCUGAUGAUGGACAAAGUGUUGUUAUGAAGGGUGUGACUCAUGGUGCUUGUGAUUACCUAAUCAAACCGGUUCGCAUUGAGGCGCUGAAGAACAUAUGGCAGCAUGUAGUGCGGAAGAAAAAGAAUGAAUGGAAGGAUGUGGAGCAAUCUGGAAGUGUGGAAGAAGGAGAUCGGCAGCAGAAACCAUCCGAAGAUGCAGAUUACUCGUCCUCGGCAAAUGAAGGGACUUGGAAGAACUCAAAGAGGAGGAAGGAUGAGGAAGAAGAGACGGAUGAGAGGGAUGAUUCAUCCACAUUAAAGAAGCCGCGGGUCGUUUGGUCAGUUGAACUUCAUCAACAGUUUGUGGGCGCUGUCAAUCAACUAGGCAUUGAUAAGGCUGUUCCUAAGAAAAUUUUGGAGUUGAUGAAUGUUCCUGGGCUUACUAGAGAAAAUGUUGCCAGCCAUCUUCAGAAAUACAGACUGUACCUUAGAAGGUUAAGUGGGGUGUCUCAGCACCAGAAUAAUUUGAGCAACUCUUUCAUGAGUCCUCAAGAAGCAUCGUUCGGAGCAAUGUCAUCGCUCAGUGGGCUGGAUCUUCAGACGCUAGCUGUCACAGGUCAACUCCCUGCUCAAAGCCUUGCCACACUCCAAGCAGCCGGACUUGGGAGGUCAACGACAAAAUCAGGCGUACCUAUGCCUCUUGUUGAUCAAAGGAACUUAUUCAGCUUUGAAAAUCCAAAGUUGAGGUUUGCGGAGGGGCAACAUCAUCUGAGCAGUAGCAAACCGAUGAACUUACUUCAUGGGAUUCCAACAACUAUGGAGGCAAAACAGCUUGCCAACUUGCACCAGUCUGCACAAUCUCUUGGGGCUGUCAAUAUGCAAGUCAAUGCUCAUGGAGUCCAGAACAGUUCUCUACUUAUGCCGGUAGCUCAAUCGCAGCCAAGAGGGCAGAUCUUGAACGAAACUUCUGGAAAUCAUGUUCCACGGCUCUCAUCAUCAAUGGGGCAUCCCAUCAUGUCUAAUGGUAUGAGUAGUGGAGUUUCGGGAAGAAAUGGAAUUGUUGAUAGCGGCAGAGGCGGAGGAUAUAAUCCAAUGCAACAAAACUCGUCAAUGGUGAAUUAUCCCCUGAACAACAGUUCACAACUACCAUGCAACAGUUUUACUCUUGGAAGUACACCAGUAAUGUCCAGCCUCACGUCUAAAGGAGCAUUUCCAGAAGAUGUAAAUUCUGAUGUAAAAAUAUCUUCUGGAUUUAUGCCAAGUUAUGAUAUGUUUAACGAGUUACAGCAGCUCAAAUCAAAUGAUUGGGACUUGCAGAAUGUGGGAUUGACUUUUGACCCCUCUCAACAUACAAACUCCAUGCACAAUAGCCUUGAGCCGUCAGUUAUAGUUCAUCAAGGAUUUUCUUCUAGCCAAAGAGGUGGACAAAGCGGGAGUGUUGGAAAAGCUCUGUUCUCAAUGGACGAAGGCAGUCAUCUUGGGAAUGUGCAAAAUACCAGUCAACGUCUUAACGGUCUUGUUGUUGACAAUACAGUUAGGAUUAAAGCUGAAAGUGCGGCCGAUGCAACUUCUCAAACUAGCUUCUUUCAUGAACAAUAUGGUCAGGAUGAUCUAAUGAGCGCACUUCUCAAACAGCAAGAUGGACUUGGACCCGCUGAAAAUGAGUUUGACUUUGAUGGGUAUUCCUUGGAUAAUAUUCCUGUGUAGAAUGCGCUCCUACAGUAUUUUGUAUGAUUGCAGAUCUGGUGUAUAUAAUUGCGGCAAUGGAAGUCAUUUCUUCUGCAAUCAGAUGGUGGACAUUCAAGUUUGUUUCUACACCAGAGAAAACCAGAGUGCGUAAUUUCACAAAUCAUAUCUUUCGUUGUGAAUAUCAUGAUGUGCUGUUUUUAGGAGAUAAAAGAUGAGGAUGAUGGAUAACCGAGGUGGAUCGAAUAUGUCUAAAGAUAUUUGUUGUGCACAAUACUGCUGCAUGGUAGGCAAAGCAUGCAUGCAAAAUUUAGAGGGGCUAGAAAGAAGCAUCGUUUUCUGGGGUGCCGGUGAAACUUGUCCUCGGUUUUAGGCUCAUCUUGAGUAUUCUAGGGUAGGUUUUGAUACUUCUUCUAACUCUAAUAACACAUGAAGCUUGCCGUUAGUGAAUUUCUUUUGCCCCUUCCUCCGUUGCCUUUCCUUCUCGUUCCAGGAAUUGAGUUUGAUGUACAUAUAUUCUAUUUGGUUACUCAAGACAUAAGUCUGGGGUAUUCUUUUCUGGUUGUUUUUCUUGUACUUAAAAUUUCUAGGAAUUCUUGUAUGUCCCCUAUUCUUAAUAAUCUUCUCCUAUCUUAGUAC